CCAACGUCGAGGGCCAAUUAAAAUUAUUAAAAUAAAGCGCCGCUUUAUUAUCGUCAUUCCCGCGCGCUUAUAGUGGCAUUGAUUUCCCAAUGUGCGUUCGUUUAAUGUUUGCAAUAUGUUGGCGCCGGCUCUUUGGAUAAAAAAGAACAUGCUUGGAACGUAUUCCGAGGAACUUGGAAGGCCACUAACCGAGGCGGAGAUACGCGUGCAACGCUCCCUCCAGCAGCUCUCGGUGCCCGACUGGUUUCUCAAAUAUUCAAAACCACCGAGGAUCCUGAAGAAUGCAACGCCCAUCGAGUGCCGUCCAGCCUCCUGGAAGACUGCUAAGGCGAAGAGUACGAUCUCGCCUAGGAAGACACCUCGAAAGAAGUCACCCAAGAACACUCCGAAGAAAACACAAACAGCGAACGUACGUGUCACAGCAACACCCGGUGGCUUAAAUCAGACGUACCGUAUCACGCGAAAAUUGCCAAAAAAGGGCAUGGAUCCUUGCAUCUCGAUAACACCGUCGUCAUCCGGCACCGAUUCCGACACACCACAGCACGACGCGAUCCCGAUCCGAUCAGCGAAAAUCGUCAAGCCGCGCACUCCUCUUCUUAGACCCAGCAACACCUUUCCACGCAUCAGUCCUUCUCGCAAGAUCGAGAACAUCAAUAUCGUGUUCUCGAAGCCAUUCCCCACGGAGCCGAGCGUCGACGCGCAACAGCAAAAGCCGCAGGAGCGGCAACAGCAGCCGUUGCAAAGCAACCCCAAGACCGUCUACACGAUGACAAAGAACAUCGAGAUGCGGCGCGAGGAGACGGUUAGCGUAGCCCCGGACGAGGCCGACUGUAGCGGCAAUAACCACGCGAGUUUCCUCAUAGCCGAGGUCGAGCCCUGCGGCGUGACUACCCGCGUCCGAGUCUUCGCCGGACUCGAUGACACCUCGGAGGAGGAGGAGCCAGUCGAUAGGAGCACUCCAUCACCCAACACCCGCUUUUUCAACUCUAGCAAAAAGUCUACGGAGCUCGAGCGUAUGGUGCAGAAUGGUCGCCGGGAGUCGGGUAGCCGCCUCAUCCAGGAGAUAAUCGGCGAGCUCGACCGUAGUAUCGCCGAGGGCCGGUCCAGUUUCGGCCACGAGUCCCUCGACUUUGCACGCAGCCUCAUCCAGCCUCCCAAGCAGCGAGUCGACUCCGAAGCGGACGUGGGGGAGGAGGAGGACGACGACGACUUGGAGCUGGAGGACCGACGUUGUUGCUGUAGCAGCAACAGCAGCGACUCCGAUAUCGCCAAGUCGACGAGCAUCUCGUACAAGUCGAGCGACAGCGAGGGCACGACACCAUUGCCGCAGUCAGAAGAGGAGGACGAGGACGUCUACUGGAUACCUAGCAAGAUCGUUCAGCUUCCGCGCACCAGCUCCCUCCUGAGCAUGUUGUCGCGAGGCUCGAGUAGAAGCGGUCGCACGAGCGGACGCAACUCCCCAGGUCUCAGUCCAAUAAGGCGAGAGAAACCCGAUGAUUGGCUCCAAUUGCAGCAGCAGCAACAACAACAGCCGCGUGGAUUCGGAACCACCUACACCACGAGAAACGAUAAAGUAUCCCGACAAUUGUUCAGGAUCGACGAGGCCAUCGGUGUCAUCGACUCGGGAUACUCCGACAGGUCGGGCGCUGCCUCCUCGAGGACGGCAACGCUCGGACGCGAAUCGCCUUCGUGGUCGCUGUCCCCGUCGCCGACUCUCGCCGACAGCGAGGGCGAAGGCUCGGUUAAACCGGCCUCGAAGUCCGGGUCACAGAUCCACUCGACCCUCUCCUGGUGCGAAUUCGCCGCGGCGUAUGAUCGGGCCUUUGGCGAGAUCGCGCGCAAUUAGCAGGGCCGUACGAUCGAUUGUUCUUUGUCCUCCUUAGCGUGGGUACUUGUCUUUCUUUUGUUCUCAUGAUUAUUAUUAAGGAUUAUUGUGGCAGGCCGACAGGAGUCGGAUAGUAGGGUAAUUUGAGCGAGGAUUGCGAUAGAAUAUCUGUUUUAUAGAAGUGUUGUAAACUACUUUGGUAAUUGUGCCACGAGUAUGCAUGUAUUGCCGAAUUAUGAGAUGAGAAUUCGAUAAUCGAAUUAAAUAAAUCGAAAUUUUUAAUUCACAAUCUAUCAUUGGAUAGAUUAAAUUAGAAAAUUUGUAUAAUGAUGUUAUAAUGUUUUCUGCGUAUCUAGCAACAUUAGAGGUCCAAUGCGUGGUCGAGCAGAUUUUAAUUUCAAAUAAUGUUACUACAUCUUUUAGAUGGAAAAUCAUAACUUCCGAACGAUAUUGAAAUCGCU